AAAAAACAAAACAAAACAGCGUCUUCUUCUUCUCCUUUACUUUCAUCUAAAGAGAGCGAUACUGAGACAACGAAUCAACUGUUGCGGCCGAAAGAGAAUUGAGAUCGGGGGAUCCACACGACGGAGAGAGAGAGUGUGUGUGAGCUAAAACUGGGGGAUAUGGGAUCUCGGCUACUCGACUACUGUUGCUUCCGUUUCGUCUUCCACUGUCACUCCCACAACUGCAACUAUCUUCCUUGAUAGUUUGUUUCUAUUUGCUAUACACAGCGAUUCGUGAAAGGCUUACACUCUCUCAGGUGGACUUUGAAACCCCUCACCGUUGCAACAACGCAUUGUUUGUUGCCAGUUUAAGAUAUCAAAUGGGUUCGAGAUACGCGUCUCACCAGCUCAGCAACGGCCUAUUUGUAUCUGGGGGUAGGCCGGAGCAACCCAAAGAAAAGCCUCCAACAAUGAGCUCAGUAGCCACGCCUUACACCGGCGGCGACAUCAAGAAAUCUGGAGAGCUAGGGAAGAUGUUUGACAUUCCGACAGAUGGAACCAAGUCGAGGAAGUCCGGUCCCAUAACCGGAGGUUCUUCGAGAAGUGGCGGCCAGUCUGGUCCUCUGCCUAACGCAACUGGCCGUAUGUCCGGCUCUUUGGCUUCUGCCGCCGGGUCGAGUUCCAUGAAGAAAACAAACUCUGGCCCUUUGUCUAAGCACGGUGAGCCUCUGAAGAAGACAUCUGGUCCGCAAUCUGGUGGUGUGACGCGUCAGAACUCUGGCUCUAUCCCUAUGCUUCCAACCACAGGUCUCAUAACAUCUGGUCCGAUUACAUCUGGUCCUUUGAACUCGUCUGGGGGUCCUAGGAAGAUCUCUGGUCCUCUAGACUAUUCCGGCUCGAUGAAGACACAUCAUCAUAAGCCCUCCUCCGUUGUCCAUAACCAGGCGGUAACUACACUUGGUCCUGAAGAUGACUUCUCCUGCAUGAAGAGCUUCCCCAAGCCUGUGCUCUGGCUGGUUAUACUUAUAUUUGUGAUGGGGUUCCUCUCUGGAGGCUUCAUUCUCGGAGCGGUUCACAAUGCGGUUCUCCUCGUCGUCGUGGCGGCCUUGUUCGCUGCUGUUGCUGCGCUCUUCUUCUGGAAUCUUUCUUGUGAGAGACGCGGCGUCACAGAUUUCGUCGGUGGUUAUCCUGAUGCUGAUCUUAGAACUGCCAAAAACGGUCAAUACGUUAAGGUCACUGGAGUGGUGACAUGUGGUAACGUGCCGCUUGAGUCAUCGUUCCAUAGAGUUCCCAGAUGUGUUUACACGUCUACUUGUCUAUAUGAGUACCGUGGAUGGGGUUCAAAGCCAGCCAAUGCUUCACACCGCCGCUUUACAUGGGGACUAAGAUCAGCAGAGAGGCAUGUGGUAGACUUCUACAUCUCUGAUUUCCAGUCUGGUCUGAGAGCAUUGGUGAAAACUGGAAACGGUGCAAAGGUAACACCUAUCGUGGAUGACUCUGUUGUCAUCGAUUUCAAGCCUGGAAGCGAGCAAGCGUCUCCGGAUUUCGUAAGGUGGUUGGGUCAGAAGAAUCUAUCCAAUGAUGAAAGGGUUAUGCGGCUUAAAGAAGGGUAUAUCAAAGAAGGAAGCACAGUAAGUGUGAUUGGAGUGGUGCAGAGAAACGAAAGCGUGCUAAUGAUAGUACCAACGACAGAGCCGUUAGCAGCUGGUUGGCAAUGGAGCAAGUGCACCUUCCCUGCGAGUCUUGAAGGCAUCGUGCUGAGAUGUGAAGACUCAUCAAACGUAGACGCAAUCCCUGUCUAAAAGCAGUUUGUUAGUAGUAAGUCUUCCUUGUUCUUCUUCCACGGUUGGUAGACACUAAAAUCAUCAUCACUUUCGGCUUCAUAGAAUAUUUUGCAUGAAAUCUGAAAUGUGUUCUUCGUUUGGUGGCUUCUCUCUACUGGAGAUGUAUGUGGUUGGUGGUUUUAUGGUAGUGUUUGUUUUCCGCUAAUUAGUUUCUUAUUAUUUAAUAUGGAGUUAUUACAUUAGAUGAUGGAUGUGGAUUAUUUUUCUGACUUAAUUUGUGUUUUAAGAUUUGUAAUUGUAAAGCUUUAUUCUUUUUCAGACCGAACUCGUGGUCCUAAACUCCUACCUAAUACAAUGGCCUUUUAUCUUA